UAGAUACUGAAGCCUGUUCCCUUUCGACAUGGAAAAGUUUUUCAUCACUUUCCCAGCUGCCAGGCUCCAGCAGGUCGGUCACUGGGGCAGUUUGAGCAGUGCUGAUUCCUGUCUAUUUUCUCUGAAGCCAUUUUGACUUGUGGUACCAGCUGCGGGGGGGAAAGGUCUCAGAAAAGCAAUUCUGUCAUGCCAAGCUGAUAAGGAUAGAUUCGGAAUUCCAGAACAGGUUUCUUCUCAUUUGUUGCUGAUCACUCCACUACAGCUUCUCCCAUACCAUCCAGAUGUAGGCAUACAGCUGUAUUUAAGAGUUAAGUCCUUUCUGACCAUCUGCACGUAGCCCUAAGAUGCCCAUCUGAACCUUUACUCCAGCAGGAGUUUACUCGUUUUCCUGGCGGGUAUAUGUCAUUAGCAUGCUCUUAGAGAGCACAGUCAUGUUUUUACUAAGGGCUAGUCUAUUGGGAUUAUUUUUGUAGGUUCUCUUCUGAAGAUCUGAUGGUGCUACAUCCUUUUCCCUAUUUCUUUAUAACUCCACAAAAGAGAGUCUUCUGGAGACAAGGUGCAGAAAGGACAGAUGGAGAAAGAGUCGAAUGUGAGAUCAGAGGGCAGAGGGUCCCAGGUGCUGCUGCAGCCAAGGGAUUCUGUGCCAGGGGCUCAUUUAUCACAGCUUGUCUCCUGGCAGCCUGUGCUGCAGGAACGAAAGUGAGACAGACGAAGGGAGAUCAAAGCAGGCGGGGGAAAUGGAAAAUUACCCACCCUGUCUAGUCCAUAAUCAUAAAUAAAGAUGUUAAUGGAGCCCCAUUCUUUGGAGUCAAAAGAUCCUCUCUCUUUCCACUCUGCCUUCCCGGGUCUAGCUCUCUGAUUCUCUUUCUUCCAUCACAUUUUGCCUAGCCUUUGGGUGCAGGUGGGGAAGGUUAAGGGAGGGAGGUGGCAGCUUGCAUAUUCGUUGUUCAUGCUCAAGCAAAGCCGCUCACCCAUCAAGCCUAGUUCAUACCUUCCUCUUGACCCUUUAGCCCUUCGGCCCCUUCCCCAGUUGUUUGGGGAUAUGAAUGAGUUUGUUUACUGUCUGUCGACCUCGUGAUGUCUUUGCAUAGACAUGACCCAAAGUCAUUAUUCCUUUUGGGCUUCUCUGUUUCCAUGACUACCAUCUCAGGGUUGGCUACUUUCCCAAGGUCACCAUAGCAACUAUCAGAGGGGAAUCAUGCUUGGGAUGCUUUGGCUGGGUUUUUCAUGAAUGAUUAGAAUGUGUGACACAAUGCAGACGUGAAAAUGAGGAGGGAGGGUGGAGGGGACCGGUUGGUGGGUGGCUGUGGGGAGAACUCCCGCCAGACACAGUCUGCGUGCUGCUGCCCAUCUCACUCUCCAGCUACAGGCUUCGAAAUCCAGCUCAUUGACUCCCUUGCUCAUCAGGGACCACGGGGUAGUCUCAGCCGGAGUCCUUCCAUGCUCUUCAGAUCGUGGGGUCAGGAUGUUGGGGGCAGCAUAGGAGGAGGUGGUGAUGUCACAACUGCAGUGCCCUUUUCCGCGUUGCAUUUUCCAAUCAGUUCUGUCCAGGUGACUGUGCCCAGGUUAUGACGACUAAUCCUAAACCAAACAAGGCAUUAAAGGUUAAGAAGGAGUCAGGAGAAAACGCCCCGGUGCUCAGCGACGAUGAGCUGGUGUCAAUGUCUGUGCGAGAGCUCAACCAGCACCUCCGGGGCCUCACCAAGGAGGAGGUGAUCCGUCUGAAGCAGCGCCGGCGCACGCUCAAGAACCGAGGCUAUGCCGCGAGCUGCCGCAUCAAGAGGGUGACCCAGAAGGAGGAGCUGGAGCGGCAGCGGGUGGAGCUGCAACAGGAGGUGGAGAAGCUGGCAAGAGAGAACAGCAGCAUGAAGCUGGAGCUGGAUGCCUUGCGCUCCAAAUACGAAGCGUUGCAGACGUUCGCCCGCACAGUGGCCCGAGGACCCAUUGCUCCCACCAAGGUCGCCACCACCAGCGUCAUCACAAUUGUCAAAUCGGCUGAGAUUUCAUCCACCUCGGUGCCCUUCUCAGCUGCAUCCUAGUGCUACGGGCAGCUGCGGGGUAGAGGGUGGGCAGGGUGAGGGCGGGGGGACUGGCAGCCCUUUGAGAAGGGGACAGGUCUCAGUCCUGUUGAGUCUCCUCAGAAAUGGCACAAACCACCUGCAAAAGGACCCUCAAUGGCUGUUUCACUGUGGCCUUUGAUGGGUUAUUACAGGAGUUUGAGCUUGGGUGUAGGAUAAGGGAAAGACCUUUUGUUGAACUACCCCAUUCGACUCCCCUUUCCUGUUUCACCCUCCUCCCCCACUCCCAGACCUUUCUUUCCACCCCUUUGUGACUAUAGCAAAUCUUGUUAUCGAGGAAAAGUUUAUUUCUUGAGGUGCCUCUUGGACAUUUGGCAGCCAGGAAAUGUAUAUGGGACCCCAAGAUUCACCAUACAAGGGAGCAUUACUCCAGCAGAUUUCUCUGUCAGCCUAUGGCAACUCUUGUUCAAGGGGACUUCUGUACUGUACCAUCUCCUUGCCCACCUGAAGAGGCAGCAUCACAUCUGUUUUGUGCUUAAAAUGAAACUUAAGUGGUGAUUCUAUAAACAGGAUCUAUGAGAUGUACCACUUAGAGAAAGCUCUCAGUUUUUAGCUCAUAUUUUCAACAAUUUAACAUAGUUCCAACCUUCUUCCCCCUCCCCUCAGCCUCUCCACUCCCCUACCUCACUUCUCCCUCCUCCGCCCCACCCCCACCCCCCAUCAUGAGGAAUACAUUUUCCAGUUCCUGACAUGACUAAAUAAAUGCCUGGCUUCCCUCCCUGAGCAAGACCUGAACAGAAGGCAUGUAGUGCAGCUGAAUUCUUCCAGGUGUCCCACAUUUAGAAUGCACUCAUAGCCCUGUUUUAGCAGUUAGCUUAGGAUUCCCUGGUGCUCCAGUAAAGGAGGUGUGGAAAGUAUUAGGUAGGCUUUUCGUGUGCCUGCUCAUGCACACGUGUGCACAGCAUUCCCCAGGGGAGAUAUCCUAGCAGUAUUACCAGGCAGAAACUGAGCAGUGGCAAGGGCAUGUCUGUUCCACAGAGAACUGACUGAGUCCAGAGGUGUUAUUUAAGGAGUAACAAAAUGUUCAGGAUGGUCUCAAGGGCAUAACCAGCAGAAGAGAUUCAGCAGGAGAAAUAGCAUGUGUGCUGAGGAAGCCAGGCCGUCCAGACACCCCCCUAUAUGCAAACAGGGGUGACUGCGAGAGCACAGAGGGGCCACAACAGCCGCCUCCCCCAUGAGACCAGUCGCCAGAACAGCAGGCGGGUCAUUGGACGCUGACAGGGAGAGAGGGAAGCUCAGAGGAGGAGCCAGUGAACUUGUUCAUUGAUUUAGAGCAGAUCCGCAGGUAGGCAUUUCAGAGCUGAUGUCAGCUUCCUUCCUUUAGCCUCCAUGAAUAGCGUCUUGUGUUCUAGGCAUCUGCAGGUGAUCAGCUCUUCUCCAUGUAAGUGAGAACACUGCGUCUCUGAAAAAUGGACAUUUUGAGGGACCUAGAGAGGAAAUACCAAAAAAGAAGGGUGUUUUUUGGGGAGAGGGCUUAAAGAAUGUAAGCAAAACCUUUGGUUCCAAGGAAAGGAGGUGAGUGGUGGUGUGGAGGGGAAGAAGGAGAGAGGAACGGAGGCAUCAGAUCACUGAUGCUCUGGCCUGGUAUUUGGUAGCGGGAAGGCAUUGUUUGGUGCAAAUAGAGAUGCUGCCAUGUACAGACCACUUGAUGGAGUGGUUCCUGUUUGAGAUGAGUCAGGAAGUAGCUUUGUGUGGGCCAAGAGUGGUGUGGGGAGCGGAUAAGGCCUAGAGAGGAAGGGGUCAAGGGUAAAGGGUAUCUUGUGUCACUGGAAGAAAUAGAAAAUGAAUGUUAGAGAAGAGACUAGAAUAUGGUUUGAGGAAAUUAUUGUUGUUGAUUGACUAAAGAAAGCAGAUUGUGCACUCCAGAGAGGAAGCCUGUUUUGAACUUGAUUACUGAAAGCUUGAGGUUUACCAGGUGGAUCCUUGAGAAUCUAAUUGUGUUUUUUUUUGCCACUGCAUAAAAGAUAUGGGGAAUCUGUGCAACCUUGGUGCUCAAACAUCGUCUGAAGCCUUUAACUUGCUUUUUCUUUCCUGAGCAACUGAGCCAUCAAAGAUCUCACAGUCAUGUUUUCCUGUGGCUCCUUCCCAAUGGAAAGUAGUGAAAAGCAACCUCAGAACACUUUCUGGAUGACAUUAUUAAACAUUUGGGAAGGUGUUUAUUUAACAUUACUACUUCCAUAUCGCCCACCUGCCCUGCUAAUAGAUUGGUGUUGACUGUUAAGGUUGGGGAAUGAAACUGAGUUAAGCUCACAUUCCCUGGUCAGGAAGCACAUCCUACAAAGUUCUCUGGGUCAACUAAAUGUUCUGGUCUACCAGGUGCAGUCUGGAUUCUUUAAUGUAUGUGUAGAUACCUGUAUGUUUGUCUAGAGGGGUGGGAGGUGGGGAAGAGGAAGAGGAGAAUGUGACUCCUAUCAAUUGGCUUUGGGGAAGCUUAAAUACACCACAGCCCAAGAGCAACCCCACCCUUGGAGAAAGCUUUGUUAGGUUCAUCAAAAAGAAGCUUUCCUCCCACCCCAUUUCCCCAGAUCCCUGCUCCCAUUACCUUCUUUACUGUACUCCCCCCACCCCUAAACAAAACAAGCAAGCUGCAAAGGACCUUAAGGGUCCUUAACCACAUAGGGAGGCUAUCAUAGGAGUGACACAGGCCCCAAGGGCUGAAUCUUCGUUCUGUGUCUCUGCUGUUGGAAUAAAACAAGAAGUAUCUGAACUUCUCCAGUGGCACUGCCAUGUGGCUGAGUAGUUUUCCAUUUCCUGGAAGAGUGCCAAAGGGUUUGGCCAAGCUGAGAGCCAGGUCUCUACCAGUAGGCGCUUGGAUGCUUCCAAAACAAGAGGCCCUGAGUGUUAUGUUAAUAAAGCUGUUGAUACCAUAGCCAUGGUAGGUAAUCCAUAUUGGAUAUCAAUAAGGACCACGUGGAAAUAUUUAAAGAGAGAGAGAAAAAAGUAAAUAUAUAUAUAUAUA